GUAAACAAUUAGCUGUGACUACAUGCCGUUACUUGUAGGUUUUCGAUUUCAUUUGAGAUAAGCGUCCAGCACUCUUCACCAAGACAGCACAACAAUAAACACAAGAAUGUCCAACGGAACAGAGCUGGUAAAUAUGCCACAGUCCGAGAUUCCUGGGCAGGUGGCUCCAGUGGUUGCUCAGAAAGAGAUGGAGCCUGCAUUGAUUACCCUGGAACAGAGUUCCCAUACCGAUGAGAGUCCAACAGGAAGAGAAAAUAAGGCGUUUCAGGAGGAGGCUGUCACUAGUCCUGAGGAAACCAGACCCAUGCUUACCUACAUGGACUUCAUGCCUAACUAUAUUGCUCAAGCUACCAGCCCUGAUGAAGCUCCCACUUAUGCGCGCUUCAGCUUCAUCGUUGACCAAGCUAAUGCAUGGCUGAAUGCAAACCAGGAUUUUACUGUCUGGAAAUGUGAAUCCAUCAGCUAUAAACUGGUAGAGGAAGAUCAGUACGACACCAAAGGAGUGUUACAUUCAGAGUCCUCAUACGGCGUCAAUAGAUUCGUCAUGGGGCUGAGAUUAUGGUUGGUCCCAAGAAUUUCUGACACCAUGCCGGUGGCCCAGAUCGGAUACACAACAGCCAUUCCUGGGGAGCCUUAUACAGAUGAGGACCAGGGUACAGCUGUGCAAUGGGAAAAAACACAGGCUAUAAGCUCAGGGGGAGGUAACUUUGCACAUGACAUGCUGACAACAGUGGUAAGCUCUCUGAUUCCCCCAGGCACCAAUAAAGGAAAUGAUAAAGAUGAAAAGGCUGGUGAACAGAGCACAACGGUAACUGACAUCACCAAUAAGGAGGGCAGUCAGCCGGUCCCAGAAAGGAGAGACAUCGCUGCACAUCUCUCAGAACCAACCCAUCGAGUGUCUGCUGCAUACUAUACUACCAUGACAUCAACCAUCAAAGGACUGAACAAAAAACUCACACGAAAACCUCUGCCAGGUGUGAUAUUAAAUGUGGAAAACCUGACCCUAAGAGCUUCUACAGAGCAAUCUAGGCCACAAAUCGUGAUGGACCCUGAGUGUACGUCGUGGGCAGAGGUGGGCCGCAGGAACACUGUCUAUGUGUUUGCUAUCAGGAUAUUUUAUCUCAAAGGACGAGAGGAGUUCUGCACAAUUGGUUUCCAUGACGAGCUCCCAGACAUGAUGAGGGCGGGGCCUUCAAUUAAGUUUGGUCCAUUUAGCAAUGUUGUAGACAGGAUGGGUUAUUGGCUGAAACAUCAAAAGAAUAUCCGUGUGGUAAACAUGCAGAGCGUAAACAUGCAGUGUAACCUUGACCAGUCCAAUGUUUACCAGGUGAAAUCGGACGUGUCUGGCUUUAUGGAGACUGCACACCUGAGUACCAGGUACGCCAAGGUGCUCCGUCUGUUUUACGUAACAACAGCCAGUAAAUCAGACUUGCCUCCUUACACCGCUGUCAAACUAAAUACCAGGCUGUUUGCCCCUGUGAGACGAGGAGAGAAGACCUUUGAGUCCUUCCCCAAAACCAUGGAGCGGGUCAUCAAGUGGUUGGACUACUUGAGAAUACCGCCAUUCUUUGUGGAGACCGUUUCCUACCAGAUCUAUACCCAUGGUGUAGGGAAGGCUGUUCUUCCUGAUAGGGUUGACAGUAGUGUCAAUAGAAACUCGGGCCGGCACAUACUGAACACAAUCAGGUUGUAUAUGCCUUCCGACUUCAUUGAGCCACCACCAGAACUGGCACCUGAUGUUGCCACAGUUGACCAGGGCUGGGGUUGUACCAUUUCUUGAUCACUCCUAGCUACCAGACAGGCCUUUACAUUUCAUGAUCACUUCCAUAUUGUACUUCAUUUCUCAAGAUUGGAAGAUAAGAAUUUGUUUGUAAGACCAAAUUUUUUGUUUGCUCAAGAUUGAUUUAAGAGGAAAAAGUUGUGAAAGUCAGUCAUUUAUUGUCUUGUUUAUUAAAACAAUUUGAUCUGCACUAUAAACAAAAUCUAGAAUUCUAUAUUAAGGUCUUUUUUAAACGUUAUUGUAUACAUUUUUAAAAUUGACAAUCACGUUUUCUUUGGACAAAUGUACAGCCAACAAUUUCUCAAUUAAUAUUAUUAAAGAUUUUGGGGCCAGGUGUCUACUAUAUAGAUUAUAUAAAUGACAAUCUUCCAUUAUAUAGAGGUUAAUAAAUAGUACUGAUUCCUCUUUAUAUAUAUAUGUUUGACUGACAAUAUGCCCACUUAAAGAGGUAAUUAUAAAAGAUAUGUGUUCAUAAAUAGAGCUUUAUAGCAAUGAUAGCCUUUCCAUUAUAUAGAAGUAUACUUGCUUACUGCUGAUUAUCCCAGCCUACUAUUUGAAAAGGAGGUAACAAGAAUACCUGUAACUACAAUUAUGUAGUUUACACCCAGGUUUGAAACUAUAUGAAGGAGGAAUUCCUUUUAAGAGAUUGUUUUCGUAUCUUUAACAAGCAAAUGAUGGACUUAAGAUAGGUGUUUAAUAUGGUAUACAAAUAAUAAGGACAGGUGCUCUCUAUAGAGGUAUCAAUAUAUAGUACACGUAAUAAUGACUUAUGGAGAGAGUCAGUUGGACUUAAAUUGACAUUGACAUGUGCUAGUCAUCUGUAUAUACAUGUAUAUAACCUGUUAAUAGAGUCGUGUUUCUCCUCAUAAUGACCACCAUUUUGUAAGAAAAAAUCAAGAACCACAACUAUUCCAAACCAUUAAAUACAGUGAAAACAAAUCCCUAUUAGUCGGCAUGGAUAUUUGAAGGUUUUUGCCAAUCCAAACCAACUAAAGGUUUUUUUAUGCCCAUGCCAUAAAAUGG